AUAUUUUCAUACCAUACGCUCCGUUCUUUAUCCUCAUCGCUAUUCAAUGAUUUUGCGACCCUGCCUCCUAUUUCGAAACCUAACCCGACCCGAGUUUCGCAUCCGAAAGAAGAAUGGAACCCUGUGUAACCUCCUCCAUUGUCGCCUCUCUUUAAAUCUCGGUGCGCUCUCUCCCCAGACCUCCUAUCCCACUCUGCCCCAUCGUGGACACUGUUCAGGUUCUGGGCUAUCAAGUUCUGUUCUUCUCUGCGGCCUGGGGGCAACACCAACACCAAAACCUAUGAACUUUGCAAAUCGCCAUGGAGUACCGAUCCAUUCUUGCAAGGCCUGCCAAGAAAAUAAACUGGUUGGAUCUUCCGCAUGACCUCACUUUGAUGAUCAUUGGAAAACUUACCACAUUUCAGAUCUUAACCAGUGUUCAGUUCGUGUGCCGCAUAUGGCACCGCAUCUGCAUGGAUCCGCUCAUGUGGCGCACCAUCAACAUGUGCGAUAUUGGUAUGCGCGAUUCAGUGGACUAUAAAUUGGGGGAGAUGUGCCGCCAUGCAAUUGAUCGUAGUUGUGGCCUGUUGAUAGACAUAACUAUCCAUUCCUUUGGUACCGAUGAUCUCCUCAGCUAUAUAAUUAACUCGGGAUGUCAUAAAUUGCGACACUUGCGAUUUGUUCGAAGCUAUCGAAUUUCAGACAAAGGAUUAUGUGAGAUGGCUGAAAAGCUUCCAUUGUUGGAGGAACUUGAUAUUACCCCUUGUCCCGAUGUAUCUAGUAUUGCUUUAGAAGCAAUUGGCCGAGGUUGUCCUCUUCUGAAAUCAUUCAAAUUUAACGACAAUAAUGGUUUUGUUUGUGGCGGUAACGAAGAAGCAUUUGCUAUUGCACAAAAUAUGUCCAACUUACGCCAUCUUCAACUUGUUGGAAACCCCCUCGACAACAGUGGCUUGAGCGCCAUUCUUAAUGGUUGUUCUCAUCUUGAAUCUCUGGAUUUACGCAACUGUUACAAUGUCGAGUUGGAGGGGAUAUUGAGGACAAGAUGUGAUGAACAAUUAAAAGAUUUUAGAGAUCCAGAUGCUCCCCUUGACUUUCAAUUUUGGGGACGAUGCUAUGACACUGCAUACCAGGAUGCAUUAUACGAGUAUCUACGCGAGAAGAGGGUUAAAAAACAAGAAGCUGAGAGAGCCGAGAAAGAAAAAAGAUAUACAGAGGCAGAAAAUUUGGAUGAAGCAAAUUGGGAGGAAAUAUAUGCUAUAUGGGAAUGUAUUAAAAAUCCAAGAUUACUGUAUAAAGGAUUAAUUUUAGGAUCAAGUAGGGGAAAGAAGAAUAAUGCUAAAAUCAAAUGGAAGAAGAAACAUGGAAGAAAGAAAUGCAAAAUUAAUAACCAAAAAAGCAUAUAUUAUGAAAUGGAAGAUGCACAUGAAUUAUUGCAGUCUAAUGUUUUCUUUCUUUAAAUUAUAAUUUUUUUUUAUAUAGGUCAUGUUUAUUUUAUUGGUUUAAUUUCGUCUCUUAUCAAAAAUAAAAAAUUGUUUGAAGUUCUUGGAUAAUAUAAGUUUGUUGAGACA